AAUCUACCUCCCAUUUCCCAAAAGUCCCCUCCUCUUUUCCUUCACAAUCUUCUCCCACCAUUCACAACCACCCACCACCACUUCACGGCUCCACCACUUCACGGCUCCACCACCGCCGUAUCAUCCACUCACCUCCACGGCCCACCCUGACCACAACCGAAUUUCUCUCUCCUCUCUUUUCCACCAUAACACCCAAGAGAAAAAAGAAAAAGAAUUCGUAUUUCCCAUCGUACAAAUUCUUCCUCGAUUCUCAGAAUCUCACGGGAAUGGCAGUUCGGCGUUGUCUUGAAGUAUGGAAGAUGGGCACGGUUAACUACUUGAAUGCACUUAAGCUGCAGGAGAAUUUGGUAUCUGAUAGAAAAGCUCAAAAGAUAACAAACACCCUUCUUUCUUUGCAACAUCCUCCUACAUAUACACUUGGGAAGCGUAAAACAGAUCACAACUUGCUAGUUCCUGAACCCGAGUUGAUAAAUAUGGGAGCUGAACUUCAUUACACUCAAAGGGGAGGAGACAUAACAUUUCAUGGUCCACAUCAAGCUAUAUUAUAUCCAAUCAUAUCUCUUCGUGAUAUUGGAGUUGGUGCUCGGAGUUAUGUCGAGAAGCUUGAACAAACGAUGAUUGAACUUGCAUCCAUGUAUGGAGUUGAAGCCCGCCCUGGCCGAAAAGGUGAAACCGGGGUGUGGGUCGGGGAUAGAAAGAUUGGUGCAAUUGGUGUUCGUAUUCAAUCUGGGAUUACAUCUCAUGGUUUGGCAUUCAACAUUGAUCCUGAUAUGAACUACUUCAAACAUAUUGUUCCGUGUGGGAUUUCUGACAAGGAAGUCACAUCUUUGAGAAGAGAGACAAAUCUGGAACUUCCAACUGAAGAAGUGAUUCAGGAGCAGUUAAUACAUUGUUUUGCUAGACAAUUUGAUUUUAGCUCAUUUUUGUUAGAUAAAAGCAACAUUUAUUGAGUUUUGUGUAUCCCAUUGAUCGAUCUAAUGGUGAAAUUUGUUCAUACAUCAUUCAUUCAUACUCGUCUUGAUAUCUUUGUUCAUAAUGGUUAGUUUUGUGUAUCUUGAAUGAGUGACCGCCCCAAAAGUGAUAAAAAAAAGGGGAAAAAACAGAAGAAAAAAAGAGAGGAAAGUCUUCUACUAUAUGGUGGCAAUAGAUGGUUUAUUAAAAAGCUCCAUCUGCAGACCGUUGACAACAGCUACAACUAUACGGUUCCUGGUUGAUGGAUACAAUCGGAAGUUUCGAAGUGGAAAGAGGCUCUGUUACCAGCAAGGAAUAAUUCACACAAGGGAAAGAAGCCACUCAAGAAAAUUGCUUGCUUCAUUAUUUUCACAGAAUCUUUCGAAUUCAGACCAGCUGAAUGGAACAGCAAAGAGACCUGCAGAAGCUUUAUUGCCGACCAGUUUGAGGAAGGCGCCAGCAAGUAGAUCAAAUCCUACAACGAAUAGGUUUCCGUCUCAGUGUUAGUCUUCAGAUCAGUACAGGAAAGGGUAGUUAAAUUUCAGUUAUCUUUCUACAUUUUUGCAAUUCUCUGCAUCCAUUUCCCUGUCAUCAAGAUACAGAAGAAAUGAAUCAUUUCAGAGAUUCAUGUUUAGGUCCCUUGCCUUUUUGAAGGUUUUAUAUUCUGUGUAAUAUUUCAUACUUUUUAUGACGAAACUGAAAAGAGAUUAGAGGAAGUGUAAUUAUAGAACCUCUUUUUAAUAAGAGAAUCUUUCGUCAUAUGUGCAAGAGUGUGUUGGUGUUAAUUCUUAGUACAGUUUGAUGUUAAAGAGAAUUGAUCCUUUUUUAACUUGUCGGGAAGUCAAUGUUGCUUAAUUUGAUGUACCUUACCAUUUACAUAGAACUCCCGUACAUUUAUGUUAACUGUUUGGUAAUUGAUGUUUACUUUGCUGCUUGUGAAAAAGCGAAAAAAAUUAGAAAGAAAGAGAUUGUAAUCGAGAUCUUGAACCAAGAUUACUAAUGUAGUAAUGUAUGCAUGGUUGGUUAAUUGUCAAGACCAUCAAGACCAUUCUGUUUGGUUUGUUAGUUACUUGGUUACUUACAGAUAAUUCUAGUACUCUCUUACAUACAAGAGUAGAAGUUAACUAUGGAAAAGACAACUCUCAUCCUCUUCUUUUGAUACUGUAAUUGUAAGGUUUUGCAUCUUCAAUUGUUAAAUAUCAGUGUGUAUCUUUUUGUCUGCAUGUAUACAAUCCUCUGUUGUGCUUGCUCUAUGUCGAUUGUCGACCUGAUUAGUAGGAGAAGGAAACAAAGAACUGAAAACAAGAGCGAGGUGAAGUUGAAGGAGAUGAAUCCCGUGAAAGAGAGACACCGCCACCCAAUUCCAGUGAACUGCCUUCAUAAACAAAGGGAAAUUUCUGUCACAACAGAAAGAUGUCAAGAAUGCAGACAACAAAGUGUCAAAAGAUGACUCGUCUUCAUAAGUGCAGCAAUAUAGGAGAAGAAAAGGGACCCAAUCAACAAUUAAGCAACUCAGAGGAUGCCAUUGAUGUGCUUGAGGAGCGUAACUCUCGUGAUCUGACUGUCCGUGUAGUCAAGACAACAAAACUUAAGGUUUCUUCUUAUUCAGAUAAACAGCUUCCAUUCAACAAGCGGAGGAGUCAGUAUUAUGUUCUGCCCGGAACUAAAGAGAAGGGAAAUCGCGGAAGUGAGUUGAAGCCAAAAGUUAAAAUUAGGACCUUGGAAAGUAUUUACAGCAGGACUAAGCCAAUUUCUGCUGUUUGAGAGUUAAAUUUGUGAGAGGAUGAUCUGAUUGUUCAACAAAAAAACAUAAUAAUGGUGAUUAUGCCAAAUUGGGUGUACUAGAUUUGAUAUGUUUUCGAGAACGUUUUCAUAUUUAUUUUUCAUAUGUUAUCUAUUAUAUUUAUUGAGA